AUGUUUCGAUGGAAGAGCAGCUCGGAAAAGAAUGAUAUUUGCUUCAAUCCGCUUCAAGCAAUUCGAGCAUGGAGCUUACUCGCAAAUGUUGCCGAAGGAAAAACGUAUAGGGACAUUAUCAAAUACAUCGUCAACCGAACCAACAUCGAAGAGCCGAGCAAUUUAACCGAGCUCAAUAAAACAAUUCUCGGACUUCAUGUGGAAAUUGAGGAAGACGUCGAUGGUUGUGUGCGGCUGUUCACCGAAUUGCCGAAGCAUUUGAUAAAUCCGAGCGAUUUGGAGAAUUCGACGAGAUAUUAUGGUGGAAAGAGCGAUCGCAGUGCGAUUCGCCAUUUAUGUUUCGCUAGCGAUCCAGAUGGAUUAUUCUCAUGUGACGCGAUAAACACCGAAGUUUUCAAAUCGAGUCGUGGCGCCGUGAAAUUCGUGGUCCCCGAACAAUAUGCGCCAACUUGGCGAUCGCAAAUGGCGUUGGUGUCGUGCUCGGAUUGCACAUUCCAUUGGAAAACGACGGACACGAUUAUUCUAACCGACAAUAUGCUGUUCACCGAUGAUUGCGGAAAUCGAUCAUACACAUCGGCAAUUUUGGCGCGCGCCGACGUUCACAAAUCGCCCAACGGCAAAAUUUAUCGACUCGAAAGCCAACUCGACGAUUUUCAACUCUAUUUGUCAAUGACCAAUGAACCAUUGAGCCUCGAGGAUUUCAAAGAAACCGAGACGAGCGAUCGUUGGCAUGUGUCGAAAAAUCGUUUGGUCCUUCUACCGCGAACAAUCAUCUCGACGCCGUUGUCGUUGUUGAGUCACGCCAAAAAAGACGGCCUUCAGCGGUUGUUUUGCAGCGAAAAAUCGGAAUUGUUCAAGCUCACCUCGAAUAUGUUUGAGAUCAAGGCCAAUUUUAUCACCACGAAUCCGCCGAUCAUAAUGAACCCAACUAGUACCGGAUUUCACGCCAAUGAGUUGUUGCCAGAACACGCGCACGUCGCCAUGGAUGAAUGCCUGACGUCGGUGUUGGCGUCGAAUCAGCGAAAAACGAUGAUGCCGACCGCCGACACGGUCUUCAUGUACUACGAGGAUCAUCUCGACAAACGCCAACAGGUCAUGGAGCGAUUGGAUCCGUUCUCGGCCAAGGCAUUUCAUGCGCCAGAAGGCACAUUGGAGUUCAACACCACGUUUCAAUUCAUCGUCACUCGUCAUUGUGAGAAUGAGCCGAUUGUUCUAUGCGCCGGCCGAUUUAACAACUCGAUGUGGACGAAUGAUGAGUCAUCGAUGAUUGAAGACGAUCGAAGCGAUUCGAAGAAGUUGCCGAAAAAACCAUAA